UCCAACGACGCGUCGGUUUACCAUCGUUCUGUAUUACUCUAGUUACACCGUCGUUAAGCCAGUAAGUUCUCACAAAACAAGUCAAGUCACCGGCACUUUGAAGACAGAAUCUAUAGAGAUCACGUAUCCAUGUCAUCUCGACUUAGAUCCUCCCACUAGGGAUACGGACUAUUUAAACCACGCACAGCAUCAUCCCGACCCGAACCUUUCAGAGAUACGUGCGCCAGAGAUAUCUGAAAUACAUUUUUUUUUUCGCUAUAAAGGAGUGCCAGCUCUCAUUCUGGCUGCCACUAUGCCACUUCUGGAAGAAAGCUCCCUGCUGACGGAGUGUGCUCGAACUGUUCCAGUAGUCAUCAUUGGAAAUGGUCCUUCAGGGAUUUGCUUGUCAUACCUGCUGAGUGGAUAUACUCCUUAUUUAGAUCCUAUGGCUGGGCACCCAAACACCAUCCUUUUUCGUAAACUACAGGAAGCAAAACAGGUUCCCAUUACUGAACAGGAUUUGGAGUAUCUCUGUGAGGGUUUAGAAGGGCGGUCCGAAAACCCAGUGGCAGUGCUCUUUGACACCCUCCUUCAUCCAAAUGCAGAUUUGGGCUUUGAGUUCCCUUCUGUACUGCAAUGGAGGCUGGAAAAGAAACACCACAUUCCUCAUCUGGUCUUAGGCAAAGCUUCCCCUGGUGGGGCCUGGCACGCAAUGGAGGGUUCAAUGUUGACAAUCAGUCUUGGGAUAUGGAUGGAGUUACCAGGAGUCAACUACAGAGAUUUGAACUUAGGCAAAAGGAGGGUGUCCAACGAUCGAGCCACUCCAGAGGAGAUCUCUUCGUACUACAAAAAUUAUGUCAAGAUCAUGGGCCUCCAAAAGAACUUUGUCGACAACACAUAUGUCACAUCUGUUCAGAAACUCCACCGGAGUCAUGAAAAAAGUCUUAGGAAUGAAAAAGGCACUGGUCAGAUGAAUGGGUGUGAUUACCGCAAUAAAAAUGGGACUGAGAAUGGUCAGAAUGGAACGAUAAAUGGGUUUAGUAACGAGAUUCAAAAUGCAAUGGAAAAUACCUGUACAAGUGGUGAAAUCAGGGAGAAGGACAAAGAUAAAAGAGGCAAAGAAGAAGUGAAACAGAGUUUUGGGAAUUCAAAGGCACUCUGGGAGGUCAGGGGCUACCAGCAGUUUAAAGGUGACACUAACGUCCCCUUUAGCUUAUUUGCAGAGAAUGUUGUCUUGGCAACAGGAGCAUCCGACUCACCAGCUCGACUUGGAGUAGAGGGUGAAGAUCUCCCCUAUGUGUUUCACAGCGUUCGUGAUCUUGGGGUGGCUGUCAGCUGUCACGGCAACCUGGGACCUUCCUCGGACCCAGUGCUGGUAGUGGGGGCGGGCCUUAGCGCAGCUGAUGCAGUGCUGUGUGCUCGGAACCGUGGGGUCCCCGUGUUGCAUGCCUUCCGCAAGUCUGCCGAUGACCCAGGUCUCAUCUUCAAACAGUUGCCAAAGACACUUUACCCUGAAUAUCACAGGGUCUAUCACAUGAUGUGUUCUCAUGCAUACCCAUCAUCCCCUGUCGCCAACAAUACAACCACCAGCCCUUCUCUGUUCCCAGACUACACCAGCUUCCCAGAGCACUGUGUACUCUCCUUCCAGCCUGACAUGCACUGUGUGAUGAGGGGAUCUAACGGUGUUUUGAGGGCUUUAAAAGUCUCCAUGGUGCUAGUUCUGAUCGGGUCAUAUCCCGAUUUGUUUUUCUUAAAGGACCAAGGGCGCUACCUUGGCUUGGAUUCCAGUAGGCCAAUUUCCUGCAAACAAAAUCCUAUCGACAUAAAUCCCUACACAUUUGAGUGCAAUGCUGAGCCUGGGCUAUUCGCCAUGGGUCCUCUUAUUGGUGACAAUUUCGUACGCUUCCUAAAAGGAGGUGCUCUUGGUAUCGCUGGCUGUCUACUUAGGAGAAUUAAACAGAUGAACAAAAAAUAGGAAAUUGAUCGGGGAGGAAGGAGGGUGCUGAUGACGGGAAAGAGAAGGCAGCAGGGGGGGAUUUUCAUGAAAGGAGGAGCUCAUUUUUAUAUGAAUGCAGUAAAUACUACAACUUGAAAGAGACGUACAAUUAUAAAAAUGAGGCUAGGAGAACUCUUCUAACUUUCGACUCUCAGGAGCAGGGAUACUCUCUUCCCAGCUAAGUCUGAGAUUGACCGAGUGUUUUACAGGUCAGAAAUCAUGUGCCAAUGUCAGUUUAUGUGAAGCACGCUUUACCUCUAAUUGUUGCAAAUACUAUCAGUUGCCUUGGUGUUACUUGUAAUAAGUUCUGCUUUUGCAGCAAAUUUCCCAGUUAAGUUUAUAGUGCCUAAGGCAAGGAGACUUGCACUGAGCUGUACAAGAAAGCAACACAUCAAAAGCAGAUUCAAAAGGCCCAAUUCUUAAAAACCAUGUCUUGUGCAAACUGCACAAACCAUUGAAAUACCAGUGAAUGCCUAAUUUUUAUUAAAGACGCACACAAUUUUCCCAUGGCCUUACUCCAAAUAUCAAGUAUACUCAGUAAAUUUUGUUCAGUUAGAUAUAUUAUCAUGCAAAAGACAGAACCACACUUUUGUCUAGAGCUUUAUAAACACCUAACUGGUUGUCUUUAGAUACUAUAUCUCCUACCUAGUC